AGAUAUCAAAUAGAAGUUCAGUGCUGCAGAGUCUCACAAACUCAGAGACAACAUGAAAGCUGUCUUCUUGCUGCUGCUGUGUAGCCUGGCUGUCAGUCAGGGCACUAGACCUGUUCGCACUACUCGUCCUCGUCCUCGUCCUCUUCCUCGUCCUCGUCCUGGUCCUGGUCCUGUCCGAUGGAACUGCAGGGAGGGUCCUCGGCUGUAUGGCGCCAUGCAGAUUGAUGCUGGAAUGGGACAAGUGGUUGUAGCAGACAAGUACAAACGGACGUACUUCCUCAGUGGACUUGCCUUCUACAGACUGGGCAGACUGGGCAUGAAGCAUGUCACAGUGGGAGCUGGGGGAUUGUGGGGAAGCUGCCAUGCCAACAAGGUGUACAAAUAUGUGGCUGGAGACUUCAAACUUGCCAAAGGUCUGUCUAUGCACCAGGUGGAUGCCGGCGGUGAUGGUCAGAUUGUUGGAGUAGGAUCUUGCAGACAUAACGCCUACUGUCUGAAAGAGGAGACAGCUUCAGGCUUCUGUGGACGACACACCCUGAACUGGACUUCCCUCUCAAGAAAGAUGAUGUACUACAGCUGUGGCCCAAGGAUGGGAUGCUGGGGAGUCGACAAACGUCACAGGAUCUGGGUCACAAAGAAUAUAUCACCAACCAACUGCCGCACUAGUGGCUGGACAGCCGUGCCAGGGCCAAGAAUGAAAAUGAUUGAAGUGUCGUCAGACGGAAACGUUUUUGGCGUGACUACAACCGGCAGGGUCUACCAAAGAGCUGGUAUCACCAACGGUCGCAGACAAGGCACACGCUGGGUUUACGUCCCAAUGUGCAUGCCCGUCAGACACCUGUCCUACGACCUAUGCAAUCUUUGGAUUGUGACCACCUCUGGUUUGAUCAUGAAGUGCUCACGCUAAUGUCAUUAGUGUGGCAGAUCUUUAAUGGGCAUCAAUCUCUGAUUUGGCUUUCAUCCCUUGAAACUUCUAUCCUGUCUUUGGUGUAACUUCAUUCAUCCUCUCUUCAUUAGACUACUGUUUAUUUGGGAAUCAGUGAAAACCCACUGCUGCAAGUACUUGAUUCUUAAAUAUAUUGUGGUUGUUUCUUAAAUGAUUCAGCAUCUCUGAUAGGCAUUUAAAUGGGACUGUCAAUUACUGAGAAACAAAGUUGUUUAAAAAGAAUAACAUCUCAUUGAACCGUCAAACAACUAAAUGACAGUAACAUGUGUAUUGAAUGGAUUAUU